AUGAUGGGAGAAAAAGUGAAAAAGGCAGAGAGGAGCUUCUGGAGGUGGCCUUUUGGGAGAGCUGAGAAUGAUGGACAGAAAAAGGAGGCAAAGAUAGAGAAGGAAAGGAAGAAUGGCCGGAAAUGGCCCGCUCUUCGCUUUCAUCUCCACAGAUCUGGAAAAUAUGACCUGGUCGAGGCUGAGAAGAAGUUCAAGUGUGAGGCGGGAACAUAUCAGAGACGUGAUAAUGCUCCAGCUUCAGAAGGCCCUCCUGCUGCUGAAGAACAGCCAGAGCAGGACGUCCUGGGCAAGGGCCACAUCAUGAGAAAUUAUAAAAUCGGUCCCAAGCUGGGUUCAGGCGGAUUUGGUUUGGUGUGUGAAGGAACCCGCAAUGAGGAUGAACUCAAGGUGGCUGUGAAAUUUUCAGUGAAGGCACCAAACAUGCCAAACAUCUCAGUGCCUGGUCAUCCCAAUCGCCUGCCGUUGGAGAUCGGCUUGACACUCAUGGCCAAUAAGGGCCCCAGCGCUCCUCAAAUAAUUCAACUGCUGGACUGGGAAGAGGAGACGGACCACUACAUUAUGGUUAUGGAGCGGCCCUCACCUUGCAUGGAUCUGCUUAGUUUCAUGGAGCUCCACGGAGGAAUCCUCGACGAGCGCACGGCGCGAUACGUCAUGCGGCAGGUCAUUUGUGCCGCUAAGGCUUGCUUUGAGAAGGUGUCUUCCAUCGGGACAUUAAACCGGAGAACCUGCUGGUGA